AAACCAGGAGUAUAGUUGCUGCCUAUUUGUUACUAAGCUAACUUGAAUAUUGAAGGUGUUUGAUAAAAAAGUGGACUGCGUCAUUAGUUGUUCCCUCGAGGCAGUACGAUUACUGCCUAUUACAGAACUGUAAAAUGUAAAAUCCUUAAAGUCGAAUUAAGCAAAAAAUACCCAGUGAUAAUUAUAUAGAACCUUGAAUCAGAUGAAGGAGAUCAACCAGAUGAAAAAAAUUUAAUCUCAGGAAAUGUCAGGCACGCCAUCAUCAGUCAUCAGUCAUCUUCACGCGAAUUUUGUCAAAUUGGUUUCUUCUAAGUUUGGACGCGGUGCAAACAUGAAACCCGGCUUAAGUUUAGGAAGUUUUGUGCUCUUUUGGCUGUUUGCAUCUGUGAAUUCAAAAGCAAUUCAGCCUUCAGGCAAACUGGAUUUUGAAGACGCGUCAACCGAAGAAUCGCUCGCUAAAACUGAAAAAACCAUCCCUACGAAGAUUUCCGUACAAACUAAUUCAGCUGGUGGACCUGCUCAUGUAAUUGCAAGCGUUUCCUGUGGUUCCACGGGAUGUAAUGCUACUAGCAAUAACAAUUCAGUGGAAACUCAAAUUUUGGUUCACGUGCAAACGAAAGUACACUUUGAUCCUUCUCAGAGGAAAAAAAUCCUGGAAAAUGCUUCUGAUGUGCCGAUUGUGGCCGGAUACAGAGGUGGGGAAUCGGACCGUCCGCCCUUCUCGGAUGACGAUAAUUUCAACAGGAGCCCUCCAGGCAGAUUUGAGCAGCAUUACGGCUCGUCACGAGGCGACCUCACGCCUCCCAAGCACUUUUACUCAGAUUCUUCCAGUACCAACUACGGACUGGGAGGAGAUUCUUCACAGUAUCCUUAUCAGAGCUCAUACCGGCCAGCUAGCAAUGGGUAUCGGGAACACUCUUCAACUUUUGCUUCUUUCGAUACUAACCGACCUGCAAACGGUUUAAAUUAUUUUGGUUCCUCCACACGUAGGCCUUUAGACUCAACAGGUUCAAACUCAAACAGGCCCGAAUAUAGAGAGAAUGGGGUUAAUUUGCAGAUACCAUAUUUCGAGCAAAGCUACAAUAAGCACUACUUUAACGAAGAGCCUCCCCCGCAUACAGUAUGGCUGAGGAAGGGAACAUCCCGAAACCCAGUAGAAUUCCAGAAUAUCCCGCGAAGUCAAUGGCGUCCUGUUUACUGGAAUGGAAGAAACAACAAGUACAGUUUCAGCGAUUCAAGCAGGAAUUUGGAAGGAAGUUAUCGCAGAAACGACCCACAUCCAGAGUACCGUCAGCAGGAAUACCGACCCAGAAACGACGAUCCUCAAUGUUCCUGCAGGGAUCACAGAACUGAGAGAUAUGACCGUUCGGCCACAGUUUACUCCUCACAUAAACGUGCUUCUGGGUUUAUCGACGAUAAACUUUCUUCACUGAAUUAAGCAAUUUGAGCAUUUUAAAAUAAGAGAUUUCAUUAAUAAUGAAAAGUAACGAAUUUACUUAGAUUUAGGUGCAGUUUUAGUGUGAAUAAUCAAGUUUUUAGCAGUUGUUGACGGGUCCUGAAGUGUAGGUACCCAUAUUUAUUUACCUAGCAAUGAAAAUAUUUCCAACUGCUGCAGGCAAACAUAGGAAAAACCUAAUAAGCAUGAAAACAAAUUAGUACAAUUGUUAGCGUAACUAUCAAUCAAAAACCCACGCUGAGCAUGUAGUGAAUAUGUUUUUUCUCGACAAAGGAAAAUUGAAUUCUGAUUCAAAAUGAAUAAACUCUGUGUUGCGAAGAUAUUGAAGGAGCGUUUUCAAAGCGAAAAGGGAUAAUCACAGACAAUGAGAAUAUCAAAAGACAAUAGUUGCUAAGUUCCCCGAGUAGGCCUAAAUCUCAAUCCUUUCUAAUCCUUUGCGAUUUCAUUUUAUAAGGGCCAACGUAAUGAAAUUCCAUACUUUGUUUUACCCUCAACAAAGCCUUAGUCAUUUUUCGAGACCCGGAAGGCAGCAAAAGACGAAAAAAAUAAAUAUUUGUGCUCUUAAUUGUAAAUGUGCGGCCGAAUAAAUAGACAUUUGCCAUUUCUUUCGGUUACUUGGGGGACCCGGAAUGAGUUUCCAAUUGUUAAUUACGUAAAAUAUAUCAUUUUUAUUUUGUGUCAAUGAUUGUAUUUUCCGAGGGAAAGCGAAAAUGUUUAUCUGGAAAGGCCAGUGCCAAAUUGCAGAGGAGGAGAUAACAUUGACUUAGAGCACCGAAGAAAUAAAUAAGCCAGGAAGCUUUACUUUCUUUUCGUAGGUAUAAAAGAAGCUCGUUCCUUUAAUGUCCGUGUAGUACGAUGUUAUAAAAUCCGGCGAUUCCUGAUAUGGGAUUUUUUAUUAUGGUGGAUUGAGGUGAAUUCUUAUGCAUCUUGGAACAUUUUAUUUUUAAAACUCAAAAAAUAAUCGAGCUUGUUAGGCGCAAUUUAACUACCACACCAGUUCGUCUGAAAUUUACUGAGAAAAACUUUUUCGGUGAGGAUAUCGAUGCAUAUUUUCGCAUCAAGCCACUUGAAGUUGAAGAAAUUGCGUCUUUUUAAAUUAAUUUAAUCUUAAAUGUUGAAUUUUGCAUGCAAUGUAAUUAAAUAUAUCUGACAUGUGUUGAACUUGACUUCGAUAACCCACUAAUGUUGAUGCAUUUAUGGUCUUGAAAUUUCGUUCCAGUGGCAAUUUUUGAAAUGUCUGCAAUUUAAUCAAUUUAGUUGAAUAACACAAUCAUUUGCAAA